AUGGGGAAUGAUCCUUUAAUGAAUCAGUUCCCGGCCUUAUUCGAGUUAGAUGCGAACAAGGACUGCAAGAUUAGCGACAGGUUAUCGAUAAAUGGAGGGGGAUCCAGGUAUGUUUGGCAGUGGAGGAGGCCGUUGGGGGAGGGACAGGAGACAAUCGAGAUGAUCGGCUUAUGCAGUUUGCUUCACAGUGUAGAGUUAAAGAAAGAGAAAGAUAGAUGGGCUUGGACCGGAUCUUCGGAUAAGCAGUUCAACGUGGGCGCGGUUAAAUGGCUUCUGAACAAGAAUAUUGGGUACAAUGAGGGUAAUCAUCCGGGUUGGUGCAAGUGGCUCCCUAGCAAGUGCAAUGUCUUUAUUUGGAGAGCUGGGUUGGAUAAGUUGGCGACUAUGGAUGCGUUAAAAAGAAGGAACAUAGACAGGGGCGAUUCUAAUUGUGUGUUGUGUGGUGAAGGGGAAGAAUCUAUGGAACAUUUGUUUACUUCCUGUUGUUUCGCGGCGAUGUUAUGCCCUAUUAUAAGUUUGUGGUGCAAAAUCCUUAACAUUUUUGCGUUUUCGGUUAAUGAUUUGCUCGAUACGCAUGAGCACAUUGGGUUAAAAGGGAUCAAAAAAGAGGUGGUUCAAGGUAUUAUCAGAAUCGGCUGUUGGAGCAUUUGGAAAGCAAGGAACGAAGCUAGGUUCAACAACAAGAUUAUAAAAUUGGAGGGGAUUAUUCGGGAGAUUAAAACGGUCGGAUUUUUGUGGUUUAAUAGUAGAUAG